ACUAUCAAAUUUGAUAAAAUUCUUUUAAUUUAUUUCAGUAAAAUUAUUAAAUAAAUUUUUAAAAAAUUUGGGGCAUGUUCAGAAUCGAAUGUACUUAAGGGGGUCUCCACACAUUUUUCACUUUCUUCUUAAACUCUAUUCUAAACGCGAGGACAAUGUAUAGCUGAGACUCCUCCAUGUAUGAGGAGCCGAGAAUCGCUAUCCAAACUUGUAAAAUCGUGCGGCGACGUCGCCUCCGCAUCCCAACUCCACUCCCUCCUCCUCCGCAGCGGCCUCGUCGCCGCCCCGGACUGCUUCUUCGCCACCCUCCUCACCGCCUCCUACGCCCGCGUCUCCUCCGCCGCAGCCGCCCACAAGGUGUUCGACGAUAUCCCACACCCAAACACCUUCCUCUACAACGCCCUCCUCCGCGCCCACUCCCGCGCCCGCCGAUGGCCCCAAACCCUCCGCCUCUUCCGCCGCAUGGCCGAGUCCCUCCCUUUCGAUGCUUUCACGCUGCCCCUCGCUCUCAAAGCUUGCGGCGCCCUCGCCGCGCGGGUCCACGGCAAAGCCGUGCACGCCGCGGCGGUGAGGGCCCUUAUCGCCGAUUCCGAUGUGUUCGUGGGCGCGGCGCUCGUUGAGAUGUACUCUAGGUGCGGGGACAUGGGUAGUGCUCUCAAGGUGUUCGACGAUUUUCCCGAACCGGAUGUCGUGCUUCGGACUUCAGUGGUUUCUGGGUACCAGCAGAAUGGUUGCGCUGAAGAAGCCGUCUCGUUCUUUUCGCGCGCCAUAGUCGGGGAACGCGUGGUUCCGGAUCCGGUGACGCUUGUUAGUGUAGCAUCGGCUCUCGCGCAGUUGGGGGAUAUUCGGUCGGGGAAAUCAUGCCAUGGGUUUGUGAUUAAGAUGGGCUUCGGCGGCGAUCUCUCACUGGCUAAUUCUGUUCUAAAUUUGUACGUGAAGUUGGGUGCAGUUGGAAUUGCGCAGAGGCUGUUCGGUACGAUGUCUAAGAGAGACGUCAUCACUUGGAGUUGCAUGAUUUCAUGUUAUGCUCAACAUGGAGAUCCUUCGGAAGCUCUUAAAGUGUAUAAGAUGAUGGUUGAAGCAGGAUUGGAGCCCAGUUUGGUCACUGUGGUUAGCGUUCUUCAGGCGUGCGCAAUUGCUUGCGAUCUAAAUGAAGGUAGGAGGGUGCACGAGGUUGCUGUUCGAAAAGGUUUCGAACUGGAAACAUCAGUUUCCACUGCUCUUAUCGAUAUGUAUAUGAAGUGUUCGUGCUGCAAUGAGGCGAUGGAUCUCUUCCGCCGAAUGCCGGAAAAGGAUGCCGUCUCGUGGGCUGCAGUCAUUGGCGGUCUUUCCCAAAAUGGUAUGCCUAGUGAUUCAUUGAAGCUAUUUCAAAGCAUGCUCUCCGAUAGAUUCAAUCCCGACGCAGUCGUAAUAGUAAAAGUUCUCAAUUCGUGCUCGCAAUUAGCUAUCCUUCGCCAAGCCCUUUGCUUCCACGGCUACUUAGUCACGUCCGGUUUCGAUUCUAAAGUGUUUGUGAGGGCUGCGCUCAUCGAUUUGUAUUCGAAAUCUGGAAGCCUGGAAGGCGCAGUUCAAGUGUUCGAAACAAUGCGCGACAAAGAUGUGGUAUUGUGGAGUUCGAUGAUCGCAGGUUACGGAAUCCACGGCCUUGGAAAUCAGGCAGUCGCAACCUUCGAUCGCAUGAUCCAAUCAUCAAUCGAACCCAAUAGCGUAACAUUCGUCUCGGUCUUGUCAGCAUGUAGCCAUGCAGGUUCAGUCGAAGAAGGAAAGAAGAUCUUCGAAAGCAUGAGCGGGGUCUAUGGCGUCCGGCCCAAUUCAGAUCACUGUGGCAUUAUGGUUGAUCUCCUUGGCCGAGCUGGAGAGCUACGAGAGGCGAUGACGAUAAUCGAAGGCAUGAACUGUCCAGUCGGCCCGCAUAUUUGGUGCGCUUUGCUUGCGGCCUGUAGAAUGCACCACAACACCGAGAUCGGCGAGUUGGUCGCGAGUAAAUUGUUUAAGCUGAAUCCUGACCACAGUGGGUAUUAUAGUUUGUUAUCUUAUAUCUAUGCACUUGAUGAGAAGUGGGAGAAUGUGAAAGAUGUUAUGGGUGUGGCGAAGGAGAGAGGUCUAAGGAAAUCACCAGGUUGCAGUGCUGUAGAGGUUGGCAGUAAGUCCGGAAUUGUGAUUUGUUUAUAAGAGAGGAUAAAAUUUUCUGCUCCACCCCAAAAAGCAGUGUUCGCGUGUUUGAGAGCUCGAAAGUCUAAAACUUUUGCUGCAGCGAGGAGCGAGAAGCUCAGGUACUGACGAGUGAGUGUUCGUACUAGAACCUGGUGCGGAACCCGGGCCUCGUACCGUGGUUUUGUAAUGUAACAGGACGCGAGUUUGCUUGUAAAAAUUGGAGAUGGAAAUUUUGUUAGAUUUAAUAAUUCAAUUAGUAGCCAUUAAA